UCUUUAAAAGUGGCAUCUAUUGGAGAGAGAAAGGCAAAGGAAGAGCCUUUAUUCCUUUCCCUUCAUACUGCAAUUUACCUUUGUUUAUUUUCCUUCGCUGUCUCUCUAUUAGGGCUUCUCUAUCUUUCAUCAUUUAAUCCAGAAAUGAUCGAUUUUGCUCGCGUACAAAAAGAGCUUCAAGAAUGCAGCAGAGACAUAGAAGCCUCUGGCAUCAAAGUCACCCCCAAAUCCGAGAAUCUUGCUCGCUUGACUGGCACCAUUCCUGGACCAAUCGGCACUCCUUAUGAGGGUGGCACUUUCCAAAUUGAUAUUUCACUGCCUGAUGGAUAUCCUUUCGAGCCUCCCAAAAUGCAGUUCGCAACAAAAGUCUGGCACCCCAAUAUUAGCAGCCAGAGUGGGGCAAUUUGCCUGGACAUCUUGAAAGAUCAAUGGAGCCCAGCACUCACUCUAAAGACGGCACUACUUUCUGUCCAAGCAUUACUCUCUGCUCCUCAACCUGAUGACCCUCAAGAUGCUGUAGUAGCACAACAGUACCUUAAAGACUAUCAGACUUUUUCUGGCACAGCCCGCUACUGGACAGAAACUUUUGCCAAGACCUCAUCUCUUGGGGUAGAGGAAAAGGUGCAGAAACUUGUUGAGAUGGGCUUCCAUGAAGCUAUAGUCAGGAGUACGCUGGAUGCCGUUGGUGGUGACGAAAAUUUGGCACUUGAAAAGCUUUGUUCUGGCUAAGAAAGGAUUAGAUGCCAACGCUGAUCGUCUUAUCAAAGAUACAAAAUGUUCAUACUGAGUAUAGAGUUUCGUAAUUUAGUCUUCUUUCCUCUUGUAGAUUUUCCUUACUUUUCCCUCUUGGAUUGUUCUACCUUUGCCAUACUCUGUUGAACAUCACUGUUGAAUGCGGAUGAUACCUGAUCACAUUAAUUGGUGGAAAUCUCACACCAUAUGGAUGGAGUUGCCAAAGCUGAAUUAUGUUGUUAGUAGCUCUUAAACUAAAUGAAAAAUUAUUUAUGUUCUA